AUCAGCCACCUUGCAACGCUCAGCCAAGACCUUAUACUCCAGUGGACUAAAGGAGCCAUUGUUAUCAUUGCUUAAUAAAGUUCAUGAUGCUUUGUUGACUUUUGGCCAACAGAAAUUACAAGAACAGUGCUGGGAGUUACCUCCAUAUAUAAAAGAUCAGUCCGCAAAAGAAGAUCUUGAUAAAGAUAACCCACUCUGUGCAGCAUGUUGGUAUGCUGCAAGUAUCCACCUGAAUUCUCUCGAACGUGGUAUACCUUUCUCAUCUGACGACAACCAGAUACUUUUGGAAAAGCUACGAUCCUGUAUUAUGCCCCUCCCUAAGGAUAACGACGGAGAGUUGGAGAGAGAAGUUUACAUAUGGCUGUGUUUUACAGGCGCUGCUGUUGCUAAGAGAGACAAGACAUGGUUUCUUGCUAAGGUUGGUCCCACAGUAAUGUCACUAAGUCAAAAGCAGAUGGAUAGCUUCAAGAGAGGGGUUAUUCAGUUUGCUUAUGUUGCCCAAAAACUGGAGAGGACAAGCUAUGGGGAAGUAGAAGUGUAGACUCAAAUUUCUACUGUAGUUGGCUGGAAAAUAUUUAUUGGCAAUUUGAAAUUAGAUGCAGUAUUAAAUUACUUAAGAAGC